AUGGAUGAGGUUUUGAAAUUCAACGAAAAAAAAAAAUUAAUUACGUGCUUUACACUUACGUUUGAAAGGCUGUCUGUCAUGAGAGGUACGGAACCAAGCAAAUAUAAAUAUCUGCAACGUGAUCCGGGUGGAGCGAGGUCAAAAUGCAGACGGGGAUCUCGAAAUAGUCUUAGUAGAGAAAGCAAUGAUGGAAGAAGAGCUUUCAAUGGUGACUAA